AUGGAUGAUGAUAUCAGAGCGCCAAUACCUAGCAGACAGAUAAGACUGUCGCAAUUGAAUCUGGCUAGAAUGAAGACGGUUAGAUCGAGCUCAAGCUCAGAUAACUUAGAUUCAAAGAGAUCAAAAUUGGCACCAGGAAUUACACCUUUAGCGUCUAUUCCACGACCAAGAUCGGCAACGCCACUGAGAAAUGAAAGAUUAUUUAACGGUAUGGACUCUGAUGACUUAUUGAAGAAAAGAUUGAAACAUUAUAACUUGGAUUAUGUGGCAAACAAACAAGAGCAUUUGAAGCAAAUCUACGAUCCACGGUCUAAGUGGUUUAGCAGAGACGUAAAACCGAAAUUUUAUGUGGAGGACUGUCUUCCUUAUAAAACAGAAACACACACUGAGCAGGCAAAAUAUUUAUGUCAUGUUCUGGUUAACCUUUAUAUCGCCAUCUGUUCGCUUGAUAUUCAGGGCUUAAUUUCAAUCUCCAGCAGAGACCUUGCGGGGUUAAAGAGAGAUAUCGAUGAUCUGGCGUUAAAUACAGACCUAUUUCAACUUUCCAACGAGGAGGAGACAUCAUUGAAUGACAUAGGAAACUUUGAUGAAGAUGAAGAUGAGGAUGAUAGUGACGAUUUUGAUCUAGCUGGCCCUAACUUUAACGCCACGGGUAAAAUUACCGCGAAAUCCGCCACAAUUAUUAAUGUAAAUCAUUGGACUAAUGAAUUAAAAAAUUGCAUGCAUUUUGAUAUUCCCAUCAGUUUAAGAAAAGUUUUAGCAUCAGUCUACUAUAGUCUGUCUCUCGUUCAAGGCCAAAAAAUUUACAGGCAGAUGCACGUUGACCUCUUUGAAAGCUUGGUCAACAUUGAUGAUGAAGGAACGAAUUUCACCAAGCUUUUACUAGAAAGCGGACUAGAACUAGACUAUAGGCCAAUGCUAAAGUUUUUAAAUGAGUUUCUACCUUACCCUGAGGUUGAUUUUUCUCGAUAUGAUAUUAGUUGUAAAGCUGACCUUCAAUUAUUCAGACUACUCCUGAAGCUAGCUCAUUUAUCCAAGCCAUUUUACGGUACAAAGGAUAAGGAAAUUUUACAAAAGACAAUCGACUAUUUUACCUCAAGUCUUGCUCCAGCUACUGUAUCGUGUGUCCUUCCCAUUAUAACUUCGUUCGUCCCAUACAGUUAUCAUGAAAGCUCAAAAAUUACAGAUUAUUUUCCAUUAAUGUUUACUCUGUGGACCACCACAGAUCCAUCGGUGGUUUUUGAUACGCAUUUUUAUGAUUUUAUUGGUUGCAUUUCAGAAGAUGCUUACAUUAAAUUGAUCCGAGAAAAAGCCCCUGACCUUGUGACGAAAGGCAAACUCACUUUUGGUGAGUUUGGACUACUCACAGAAGAACAAAUGAGCUUUAUAUUCAAUAGAAUUCAGAAUCAUUUGAGAACGGAUUUUCAGAUAGUUUCUUUUGCAAGAACGGUUCGUCCGCUCAUCUAUUCAAUCAAUGGAUCAAGUUCGGACAAUUUUUUUUCCAAGUUAAAAGGAUUAAUUACCUCCAUCGGAACCUUUGCUCAUCCUUCUAACAGUGGUACAUGGACGAAAGUCAUAGCAAAGUUUAUUCAUGGAUUUAUCAAAAUGUAUCACGAGCGGGUGAAACUGGAGCUCAGCGAAAAAUCUAGAUAUAGAUCACAUCUAAACCUCCAGGCAGAUUCACAUUUGAAGAUGGUUGAAAUAUUUCUUGAUAUUCUAGUGUUGGGCUCUCAGAAUAAGAAUUCGGACAUGGCAAAUUACUAUAUCUCCAGUUUUGCUUACCUUUUGGAUAUCAAUUCCGAAAAUAAAUAUUUGAUCUUCGAUAAGAUUAUGCUAGAUCUUUAUGAUUCACUCACAGAUCAGUAUGUCAAUUCGGUUCACCGAGUCAUUGCCUCACUGAAACAGUUCACAAGGAUCGUGCGUUUCAUGGUUACCGAGCCGUUAUAUCGAGUCCACAUUACAAAUAUUUUAUCAAUGUUAGUCUCUAAAAUUGAUUUCAAUGAUAUCUCUCUUACGAGCAACGUUGCGAACUGUAUUGUAUCCAUCGUGUCUUUCAUCCCACUCGAGAACCUCGUUUCCGAGAAUGACUAUGCCACUUUUGAAUCUAAUACCAUUCCAUUUACACAAGAGCAUCUUUAUUUUUUGAAGGAAGGUCAAAAUUCUGAUACUUUUCAGUAUGAUUCCAAGAUUUUGGACGCAGCAUUCCGAGGAUCUACUACUGUUUUUGAAAACAUUUUAAAAGUUUACAUCGAUAAAAUUUUUCAGCUGGUUGAUAUUGAUCUUGAAGACGGCUUCACUACUAAGAUCAAUCAAACUACUAUGAUUAUGAUGGAAUCGAUGUGUGAUGAAAUUUUUACAGUGUUUAAAUCAGCAUUAGAAAGGAAGUUUUGGGAAAACGACUCAUUCAAGGAAAAAAAUCCAAAUUAUGAAUUAGUGACAAUUCCUUUGGCAGCUGCUGUUAGGAGGGAUAGAGAAUUUGGUAAGAAUCUUUUUUCUUCCCUAUCUUUCCAUAUUCGAGAAGAGAUCAAGAGAGGUGCAGGGUCAGUCAGAAGCUCAUCUGAAAUUCAACCAAGAGAUAUAAAGCUUGUUACCUACUUAACUGCACUGAAUGAUAUUUUGAGAGAAUCACACGAAUCUAUGUUGGUGUACAGUGAUGAACUUAUGGAUCUUUUAUUUUACAUUUUCGACAACGUAACAAAUCCUCCUUUGGAUGUUCAUACUUCCAUGAUUGUUCACCAUGUUUUGGCUAGUCUGACCGUAACCGAGGUGGUAGAUUACAGACUAUUUCCCUCUAGCUCAACGAUACCGAGUUCAGAGAGAUGGGGGGGGAUGCAAUUCGAUGAUCGUAAAUUUUCAAAAGAAAAUCUCACUUUUGAGUGGCAUGUUCCAUCUGAGGAUGAGAUAACCUUUGCAAUUAAGUUGUUACAAAAUUUGGUCGACUACUGCAUUAAUCACGUUGAGGAUAUGAUGAAGAGUCCGAAAUCCGACUCAGAAUAUAGUGAUAAACUAAAAAAAUUCAUUCUCAUCAUUGCGCAUGCAUUAUCAGGUUCCAGUUUACUUUUUGAUCCAGACUUCAAUAAAAAUAAAUCUCAAGUGUUGCCUAUGGACACAUAUAAGAGAAAACUUUUACUUUUGAAGAGCAUCAGAGAUGAGCGAUGUGAUAGUCAAGAGCUUAAUAUUGAUAUUGAACAAAUUCGAGCAGAAAACACAGACGAGGAGAUUAGUCUGGGGACCUCAGACCUUUCUGAUGAAGCACUAGAUGAGAUUCGCAUCACCGAUGAUGAUUUUAAAGAUCAUGAUAGUGAAGUAAUACUUGACGAUGUUGAUAUGUCUGCAGUUCCGUCUGGUGUGGGAACCCCAGAGCCUGGCUUUCAUGUGAGUUUAGAACAAAAUUCUGCUAUGAGUAGUUCAUUGGCUUUUAGGGAUCUCGACAUAUAUGCUUGUAAUUACUUUUUUGGUAUGGGCUUCGAGCAGAAAAUGAAUCAUCCUUUGUAUUUGACGGUACAUGAGAUACGAACUAGAGUUGGUCUUUUUUUUCACAAAAUGUUCAAAUUCUUCAAUACAAACUUCGAAGAUAACACGAUUCUCUUCAAGAUUCUUCUUCACGGGCUAAAAGUAUGGUUCACCGACGUUGGCCAAGAGACGAUAUUUGAUGACGAUCCAGGAGCCACUUUAGAUCUCGAAUUCCUUGAAAACAUCCAAAAUUUGGCUCAUUUAAGUGAGCCAUAUACACGUACAUGUUUAGCUGCGAGGGCCCAUACUUUUCAUGAGGCAAGAGUCCUUUUGCACUCAACCAAUCGAACUCCCUCUAGACUUGAAACUCUUCUUCUUAAGGAUACGAUAAAGCUUUCGAUGUCUCUCUAUCCUAAUAUCUAUAAGCCGGCUCAGGGAUGUAUGGCACAUGCGAUGAAACAGCUCAUUGGCUCUUACUCGGUGGUGAUGAAGAAAACUGUGAGCUCUUUGAAAGAAGCGAUGGACAAAGCAGAGUAUAUGAAGGUUGAAGUUAUACUUCAGAUUUUACUGAUUAAGAAAAUUCACCGUAAGCUUAUGGCAGACUAUAAAAAUUUGAAACCAGUUAUCGAUCUAUUAAUCAAGGCUUGUUUAGUCAAAGACUUGAAUGUUUCUAUUUACGCUGACAAGAUUUUGACUGAUAUUUCAAUUUCUCUAAAGAUCCCUUCUAGCGUUUGCCUGCUGAAUCUUGAAACUCUUCAUGGGCUUGAGCCAGCAGAUGAUUCUAUUAAUCAGCAGAUUAGAGCUGUUAGAAAGGCAAAGGAGAAAAAAAGAGGCUAUUAUGUCUCGCUACUUUCUCAGCUUCAAGAUGAUUUAAUCACACUAUUGGGCUCUGAACAAGAACUUGGGUGGAAAAUUCCAUUAUUUGCGAUAAAACUUCUUUCCAAACUACAAUCUAGCUUUGAGCUCAAGGCGAGCACAAAAGCGCUUGUGGGGAUUCUAAGGCUGACCAAAACGAAACAUCCACAAAUUGUCCAUUUAUCCAUUAGGUCCUUUUUGAGUAUCUGCAAUAAAAUUACGAAUCUUGCAGAUUGUCAUUAUGAUAUAAAAAAUGUAUUCGAUUGGAAUUUCAAUCGAGAUGAGGUUAUCACUCUGGAAACUAAAGGAGGUAAUUUUACGGAAACCUUUCGAAGGGAAAUGCAGAACUUCGAUUCACCAAGCUUUUAUAUUGAUUCGAAAGCUUUUGUUGGCUACGUUGCAUGGGGAAGAGAGUUGAAAGCAAUCAUGGGUAAUUCACCGGCUACAUUCAACGUGAAUACAGAGGAUUUCAAAGUUUUGAAAAGCUUUGGCGAGAAAAUAAACCAAAAGUGGUUAUUAGAAAUUUGUAAAAUCCUUAUUCAGGAUAACGAGACAAGAGGGGUUUUUAGCAGCUCUAAUGUUGAGUUCUUUGCCUUAAUCGUGGCUUUGACCUCUAAUGAUUAUACUAACAUCACGUAUGAUAGCGUUUUGGACUUAUGUGCAUCAAUCUACGACAGAGAUGACAAACCUUCCAUGAUAAUGUCAGUAGAAAUAUUGGCAGGGUUGUUAAUAGGAUCGAGGUUUACAUCUGAAGAAAAUUUGGUGAAGAGAGAUAAAUUUUUAGAUGAGUUCUUGAACUCUUGUUUGGAUCACGAGUUAAAUCAAGAUGCUGUUGACAUUUGGUCAAUUCUUUGUUGGUGGGUACCCAACUCCGUUGAUUUGAGACGCUGCGCUCCUCUGUUCAAGAAAAUUGCCGGCAUAAAAGAUUUACUUGAUCCUACUUCUGAUUCUUCUGCAGAUCAGGCAGCAAAACUUCUGCUGCUAAAAAAUACAAUGGCUACCUUGGGCUUCAGAGCACCUUACGUUGAAAAAACUUUAUCUUUCCUUGUGUUCGAUCAUCCUUAUGAUCAAGUGCGCCAGGCUGUGUCUAAGCUUUUUGCUGUUCUUAUCCAAACUCGUGCCAAUCCCUCGUUUGGGAGUGUUCCGGAACUCCUUGAAGAUACCGUUAGCGAUUCUGGUCUUGGACGUUCAAUAAAACAUCUCCCGGUGUAUUUUGAUGAACAAAUACGGACAUUGUUCAGCGAAAUUGAGAAAAGUCGGCUUGAAAUUAUCGACUAUUCUCCAAACGAAGUCCUGAAGACCAGGUACUACUACCUGGCAUCUACAAUGAUGUAUUGGCUAAUGGAGAUGAUGAGAAGUCAUAACAAAGUCAUCAUAAUAAAUUAUGUCGAAAAUUAUAUCGCCCCAUUUUUGAUGCAUCUACUGCGAUUAAAAGAGGUUUGCACCCUUGCAAAUCUUGAUCCUGCAAGAUGCUAUGUUGCGAUGUCAUUCUGGCCACUAAGGAAGGAACACACGGCUAUCAUAGUGGAUAUGAUAAGUGAAAUGAAGCUCUCUACCUCGCAUGAGCUUCGUGUCCAACUCUCUUUCGUGGAGCAUUUCUUUUCCAACAACAUACAACAACUGUCGGAAGAAGAGAAGGAGAUGAUUUUGAAAUUUGUUGUUUCAAAUAUCUACAACGAAUCCUUUGUGGAGGUUAGGUUACGGGCAGCGGAGGUCUUAUCAGGUCUGAUUCAUAAUUAUAGUGAAAAUGACAAGAUUCACGAACUCAUCAUUAGAUUUGAAAAAGGUCUUGGGAACUACACAUUCAAAGAGAAGAAAGAGCUAUCGAAGACCGACAUAACGGUGCAUAGUUCGAUCAUUGGUCUUGGUGCGGUUAUUUCGGCAUUUCCGUAUGUAUUUCCUUUACCUUCCUGGAUACCUGAACAGCUAAGCAACCUAUCUUCUUGGGCGAGAACUAGCGGAAUUUCAGGCCUAGCCGCAAAGGACAUUAUAAGUGACUUCAAAAAACUGAGAGCAGAUACCUGGCAUUUAGAUCGUCAUGCAUUCACCACCGAGCAAAUUGAGGAUUUUGAAGGAGUACUGUGGAGAAGUUACUACGCAUAG